AUGGACUUUGCGGCGUUGUUGCGAGAAGAGAAGCGCAAGGCGGUGGCAGCUCGCCAACAGGCUACCGCUACGGGCGUCAUCCAAGACCAGUCACUGGUGUCUCCCUCUGUAGACGGUGCCGUCGAAUGUCCAACCCUCGACGCUACCCCUCUGCCGUUCCGACAUCGACUUCCAGUGGACCUAAACUCGUAUCAAGUGUGCAAAUCGAAGGUUUCUUCGGUGUACUACAUUCCGAAUUGGCUCUCGGGGGACGAGGAAGCCGCAAUUCUCGAACGCGUGCAUGCCGCGCCAUCGUCGGCAUGGGUUCAGCUCAAGCACCGUCGGCUGCAGGUAUGGGGCGGGUCUGUCACUAACACGUACACGCCGACACCCCUUCCAUCGUGGCUGCAAGUGCUCUCCGCCAGUCUAGUGGACACGCGCGUCUUUGACUCGACCCAUGCCCCCAACCACGCGUUGAUCAAUGAGUACAAACGUGGCGAUUGCAUCCUCCCCCAUGAAGACGGACCCAUGUACCAUCCCCUCGUGGCGAUCGUGAGCUUGGGCGCCGACGCUGUCAUGACCUUUCGACGCCAUCUUCGCCACCUCAACCAGUCCGAUGACCCAUUCGAGUUGAACGUCGAGCGCCGCAGCUUGCUCGUGUUCAUGCACGAAGCGUACACGCAGUACCUUCACAGCAUCGACAACGUCGUCCAAGGCACUCGUGUAUCGCUAACCAUUCGCCACGCGUUACAGCACUCGUGA